GGCAAGUUUUGCUAUUUCUUCACGAGUCUGUAAACAGUCUUAGUAGCUUACAUAAAUGUUAAUGUCAUUUUUCGAAAACAUAUUUUUUUUUUUUUAAAUGUAUAUUACUUUAGUCUUUAGUACCCAAACAUUUAUAAGACAUUAUUUCACUAGAUAGGUUCAGACAAAUUCAAGUUCCAAGCUGAAAGUGUCACGGUUACGUGCCUUGUUCUGUCAUUACUGGACGAUAUUAGUACCUGUAUUUUGUAAUCACAAUGACAACGCUGAGAAUUUUAACACUGAAUUGCUGGGGGAUUCCAAUACCAGUUGUAUGCAAAAAUCGGUGUGAUCGCAUUGAGGCAAUAGGUGAUGAAAUUUCCAAAAGAGAUUAUCAUUUAGUUAUUUUGGAGGAGGUUUGGCUUUCGUCGGACUACAAGAUACUGUGUGAAAAAAUAUGUCCAGUUUUACCUCAUGCACACUACUUCUACAGCGGAAUGCUUGGCACUGGCUGUUGUGUCUUCUCCAAGUUUCCCAUCGGUGAGACGAUGUAUUUUCACUUCAGCCUGAACGGAUUUGCUCACAAGGUCUGGCAUGCAGACUGGUAUGCUGGGAAAGGGGUCGGUCUCUGUAAGAUGGUCAUCGACGGUCUUCAUAUCAACUUGUACUCCAGUCAUAUACAUGCGGAGUACAACCGAGCCAAUGAUGAGUAUUUAUCGCACCGGAUUGCCCAGUGUUUCGAGAUGAGUCAGUUCAUAAAGCAGACGUCCGGGACGUGUGAUCUCGUUAUUCUUGCCGGUGAUCUCAACAUGUUGCCGUCUGAUCUCGGCUACAGAGUGAUACUGACCAAUGGAAAUCUCCAAGACUGCUGGACUGAUAAGGAAAAGACUACUAGUGAUGAGGCGGGUAACACCUGUGAAUUGCCUGACAACAGCUACACCAGUGCAGAAGACACAAAAGUAAAUCCUCUUGGCAAGCGAAUAGAUUACAUCUUGUACCGAGCUAAUCAAGGUGUGAAAGUCUUUAUCAAGGAGGCCUCCGUGACGAUGGGAUGCAUUCCAGGAAAACAUUUUCACUACUCAGACCAUGAGGCAUUGGAGGCUGUUCUCAGAAUUGAGAAAUCUUCAGAUGUAGUCUCUCCAUUAGAAGAUGAUGAUCAUUUGGAAUCGGAGAGGAACCAGCAUCUUCUAGAAGCAAUUGAAUUUAUUGACAUCGGCAUGGAGCAGUCCAAGUUCAACGGAAUGUUUUUUCAGUUCGGGUUUCUUCUCUUAUUUAUUCUACUUUUCCUGCUCAGCCAAACAGAAGCUGGCGGAGAUCCCAUGAUUUUCUACAUCCUCCUGUUUGUAAAGUUGGGCCUCACACUGGUCUUGGCUUUCUGCUUCUGGACUGGGGUCAUGGUCACGAGAACAGAUGCAAACAAUUUUCUGGGUAUCAAGUUAAACAUUGCUAAUGUCCUUAAAAAUUCAAAGGUUAAAAUUCAAUGAUUCUGAUAAAACUGAUUUUUUAAUUAUAACUAACAAACAAGACUGAAGAGACCAUGUUCAUAUUCAUGAGACACUUUAUGUUCAAUUAUGGUAGCUGAUUUAGCAGUCGCAGAUUUUUAUUGUAAAAUUAAGCCAAUUGUUAUUGAAAUUUAUUUAUUUUUUGCUGUGAUCUUCCCUUCUUGAUUGUGGCUGUGGCUAAAACUAUUAAAAUUAAAAUUAUUUUUAUUGAAAAAAAAAAAGUCAUUGUAAGGAAGGCAAAGUGAGUUACAAUGCGUUACUGUCAUAAUUAUAGUACUGGUAUGUCGAGUCCACUUGGACAUUUGACAUUUUAAGACAAAAAGUAUUGGACAAAUGAAUACUUUAGAUGGAAAACUGUCAUUAUGCAACUUGGAGUGAGACCUAUUAAAGUGAUUGAAAUGGCAGA